CGUAGUGUCAGACGACAGACAAAAUGUACUCCUACUUCGUUGUUGUGAUAGUUGCAAGUUGCUUAACUCAACAAACCAAAGGAUUUGUCGUUCCGGAUUACUUCGACUUUCAGGUCGAAUCUCAAGACGCCAAAAUAACUGCCCCUGAGCUUGCAAUAAAGUACGGCUACCGGGCGGAAACUCACAAAGUACAAACCGAGGAUGGAUAUCUGCUGGAACUGCACCGAAUCACCGGAAGUGGUUCCACGGCGUACGACAAGCGACUUCCGCCAAUCCUGUUGAUGCACGGCCUUCUAACCUCGUCCGCGGAUUGGCUGCUGAUCGGCCCAGGCAACGGCCUUGCCUACCACCUCAGCGAUCUGGGCUACGACGUGUGGCUGGGAAAUGCCCGCGGAAAUCGGUACUGCCGAAGUCACGCCAGCUGGACGCCCAACAUGGUCAAGUUCUGGGACUUUUCGUGGCACGAGAUUGGCGUGUACGAUCUGCCGGCCAUCAUCGAUCACGUGCUGGAGAGCACGGGAAAGCCACGGUUGCACUACAUCGGGCACUCCCAGGGUACGACUACCUUUUUCGUAAUGGCAUCGGAAAGACCGGAGUACAGCGAGAAGGUCAUCCUGAUGCAGGCGUUGGCACCCGUUGCCUACAUGAAGAACAUCGGUAGCCCACUGCUCCGGUAUUUGGUCAAGUACUUGGGAGCGAUUGAGACAAUGAUCGACUUUUUCGGGCUGGGAGAGUUCAAACCAAUACCCAGUGUGCUGCUGGAGCUGGCAAAGCUGAUCUGCCCGACAUCGCAAUCCAACAACCUGUGUCUAAACGUGAUGUUCCUGCUAGCGGGAGCCAACCCAGACCAAAUCGAUCCCGUCAUGGUCCCCAUCAUCCUCGGCCACAUCCCGGCAGGCUCAUCCACCAAACAGCUGGUCCACUUUGGCCAGGAGGUACUUUCGGGUCAGUUCCGCCGGUACGAUUACGGCAAGGUGAAGAACCUGUACGAGUACGGCCAAGCGGAACCACCGGCGUACAACCUCACCCGGGUGACCACACCCGUGGUUCUGCACUACGGAGCCAACGACUACAUGGCACACGUGGACGACGUUCGACGGUUGGCCACACAGCUGCCGAACCUGCUCGAGAGUCACUUGAUUGAGUUGGAUUUGUUCAAUCACAUGGACUUUUUGUUCGCAAAGGACGCCGUAAAACUGUUGUACAACGACUUGGUCAACAACGUUGAGAAAUACACCGACCGCGGCAAUUAGU